AUGUUCGGGCUGAAUGGAAAUCUAGUGAAUUUGAAGGACCACUUGUCGGACCUCAGCCUCAACGUGAUCACCCGAAUGGUGUUGGGGAAGAAGUACAUCGGGGUGACGGUGGCGGGGGAUUGUGAUGCCCGAGGAGUUCAAGGAGAUGCUCGACAAUCUCUUCUUGCUCAACGGGGUUCUGGAUAUCGGGGACUCGCUGGCCGGGUUGGACCUGCAGGGGGACUAAAAGCCUUCUAG